AGGAUAUAAUGGGCAGAGACUCAGGAAUAAAUGGAACAUUGAUUUCAAUGGUCCAUGAUGAACCUAAUGAUUAUGAAUACAAUCCUGACCUUGAACCACCUGCUCGUCUAUCUUGUGAUGCUCUGUGUGUUUUUGUCCUGAUAUCAAACAUCAUCAUCUUCAUUCUGGGCAUUGUGGGAAAUGGCCUUGUCAUUUGGAUCAUUGUUGUAAAGACAAAGCGCACGGUCAACUCCUCAUGGUACCUGAGCUUGGCAGUGUCUGACUUUUUGUUCUGCACCACUGUACCUUUCAACGGUGUCUAUAUGGCAACUGGACACUGGCAUUUUGGACAUUUCAUGUGUAAGUUCAUAUCUGUAGCCUUCCCCCUUAACAUGUACUGCAGCAUUUUCCUCCUGCUUGUCAUCAGUGUGGACCGCUGCAUGUGUGUCAUAUUUCCUGUGUGGACUCAGAACCACCGGACUCUGAGGAAGUCUUCUGCCAUCAUCGCCCUGGUAUGGAUUGUCUCUGCACUGCUAACUCUACCCUCCAUUUUCUUCAGUACUACACAGACUAAAGAAGACGAGACUACAUGCAUCCAUGAUCAUGAUCCCACUGCAUUUUCCCGUAAAAGUGCUGCGUUGAUUUGUGUUGUAUUUGGACUUGCCGUCCCUCUGAUGGUGAUAGUGAUCUGCUACUCUGUUAUUAUGCUGAAGCUGAGAGCAAAUCCUAUGAUGAGAUCCUCCAAGCCCUUUAAGGUGAUGACUGCUGUCAUAAUAACAUUUGUGAUCUGCUGGCUUCCUUUCCAAAUCUUUCAGCUGCUGGAAGUCUACCAUGCACUGUAUUCUGGUACCCUAUUAAAAACAGGUAUUCAAGUAACAAUCACCAUAGCCUAUGCCAACAGUUUCAUGAACCCAAUUUUGUAUUCAUUCAUGGGUCAGGACUUCAGGAAUAAAUGCCUGAUGUCUGUUCUUACUAGGAUGGAAAAUGCCUUGCAGGAGGAAGGCCGUUGUUCAAAAGCUAUGUCCAUGUCAAAAUCAGCUGACGGUUAAAAAUAGUCUUUCGUGGUAGAAACAGAUUCCUUCCUUCCAGACGUCCUUCUUCUGUAUGAACUGUUCCAGGGCAAGAAAACUUGUCUUUAAUCUUCCAAAACAGAAGCAACAGUGGUCACUGCUUUCAUUUCUUUGCUGCUUAAGUUUCGUUAUCGUCAUGUCACCGGCCAAUAGCGUGCCAGUAUGGCCGUCUCUGAUUGGAGCCAAAGGUUCUGGCAGUAAACAGAGGAAUUAGAUCUGCUGGUUUCCAGCCUGAGCUGCUGGGUGAAAUUUAAAUUCCCCGGAAGUUCAGGCAGUGUUCACCCA